AAGGGAACGAAUCGAUAUUAUUAUAUUUAUUUUUGUUAUUCUUAAGCAUAAAAAGGACGAAUUGCAGCCUCUAUUUUCAUUUCUCUUCUAUAUUAGAAGGAGGCGAUUAGCCAUAUCGUUUCCACCGCACGCGCCGUCAGGUAAACUGUUCACUGCUUUAUAGGGGACAACAAAAUGUCAGACGGUCAUGAGACUGAUAAAAACAUCGAAAUAUGGAAAAUUAAAAAGCUUAUAAAAGCACUGGAAGCUGCUCGAGGCAAUGGCACAAGCAUGAUUUCUCUUAUCAUGCCUCCUCGUGAUCAGAUAUCCCGUGUCACUAAGAUGCUUGGAGAUGAGUUUGGAACUGCCUCUAACAUUAAAAGCAGGGUCAAUAGACAAUCUGUGUUAGGUGCAAUUACAUCUGCUCAGCAAAGGCUCAAACUUUACAACAAGGUUCCUCCAAAUGGGCUCGUGCUUUACACUGGAACAAUUGUAACUGAUGAUGGCAAAGAAAAGAAGGUAACAAUCGAUUUUGAGCCUUUUAGGCCGAUCAAUGCAUCUCUUUACCUGUGUGACAACAAAUUUCAUACAGAAGCUCUUAAUGAGCUGUUGGAAUCCGAUGAGAAGUUUGGCUUUAUUGUCAUGGAUGGUAACGGGACCCUUUUUGGGACACUCAGUGGUAACACCAGAGAGGUUCUUCAUAAAUUUACUGUUGACCUGCCAAAGAAGCAUGGUAGGGGGGGGCAAUCUGCACUUCGAUUUGCUCGACUUCGAAUGGAGAAGCGUCACAAUUAUGUGAGGAAGACAGCAGAACUUGCCACCCAAUUUUUUAUUAAUCCUGCCACCAGCCAGCCCAACGUGUCAGGUUUAAUUCUCGCUGGAUCUGCUGACUUCAAGACUGAACUGAGUCAGUCUGAUAUGUUUGAUCCUCGACUUCAGGCUAAAAUUCUGAAUGUGGUUGAUGUUUCAUAUGGGGGGGAGAAUGGUUUUAAUCAGGCAAUUGAGCUGUCUUCGGAAAUUCUCUCCAAUGUGAAGUUUAUACAGGAGAAGCGCCUGAUAGGCAGUUACUUUGAAGAGAUUAGCCAGGAUACUGGAAAAUAUGUCUUUGGCGUGGACGAUACCCUGAAAGCACUAGAGAUGGGUGCUGUUGAAACUCUCAUUGUGUGGGAAAAUUUGGAUAUUGCUAGGUAUGAUUUAAAAAACAGCACUACCGGUGAGGUUCUCAUAAAACAUUUGAACAAGGAGCAGGAGGCUAAUCAGAGUAACUUUAGGGAUCCUGCAACUUCCGCUGAAUUGGAGGUUCAGGAAAAGAUGCCGUUGCUUGAGUGGUUUGCUAAUGAGUACAAGCGGUUUGGUUGCUCUUUGGAGUUUGUUACCAACAAAUCACAAGAAGGAUCCCAGUUUUGCAGAGGGUUUGGCGGGAUUGGCGGAAUUCUCCGCUACCAGCUUGAUAUGAGGGAUUUUGAUGAGCUAUCUGAUGAUGAGGUCUAUGGUGACUCUGAAUAGCAAUCAGCCAACUCUACCCCAUUGGUGGUGCAGGAGAAUGGGGUGAAAAUGCCUGCGCCAGCAAGUGAGCACAGCACGCGAGAUAUCGUGUUUGCUGCUUUAAAAAUUUGUCACAGUUUUAAUUGAGGAGAUCGAGAUACUUACGUUUAAAGCAAAACUAUGGUGAUGAUGCUUGGUUCUCAAGCCGUAGCAGCUGGAAAGUUAAAACUACCCCAAUAUUGGUGCAGCUUAAGCAUGGUCAAGAGUCUAAGAAUGGUGCCGGAUGAUAUCUGGAGAAUGAAGACUGCAGAUUCUUAUAAAAAGUAUAUGGGCUUUAGGAUAAUUAAAUGGUUUAUGUAAAACUUCUAUGUAUUCUUGGUUAUUGAAUAAGUUAAAAAUUGUGGAGUUGAUGUCUGGAUGAAGAUUGCAUCAAAGUAGUAUUAUUAAUGGUUUGUGUAAGACUGUUAUGUGUGCUCUUCAGAGAAUACUUUGGCGUUAAAACUCGUUUAGAGGUUUUCUAUAUGGCAUUCACGGAUUAUAAGAUUUUCUAUUUUAAUAA